GUACUACAUUUCUUUCUGUUCAAGCUUGUACAUCGUCUUGUGCCUGAUAGAUCAUUGUCUGCUGCUUUGAGUUUUCGUAGUCAACAUGGCCGACAUCAACCUCCAAGAGGUCCAUGACUUCAUGAUUGAGAUCGCGCGCAAAGUUGGAGAGCGCAUCACAUCCGCAACGCCCUCCACAGGCGCCGCAGGAUCCAAGAAGAAUUCCGUUGACCUCGUAACCGAAACCGACCAAGCUGUGGAAAAGAUCAUCUCCACCUCCCUCCACGAAAAAUAUCCCUCCUUCUCCUUCAUGGGCGAAGAGACCUACAAGCCCGGCGACAAGCUCACCGACGCGCCCACAUUCAUACUCGACCCCAUAGACGGCACGACCAACUUCGUCCACCGCCACCCCUACGUCGCCAUCUCGCUCGGUCUCGCGAUAAACCAAAUUCCCACAAUCGGCAUCGUGUACAACCCCUUCACGCAGACGCUCUACUCCGGAAUAAAAGGCCACGGCUCCUACCUGACGCAGUACCUGCUCACCCCGCAGGAAAAGAAACAGCGGCUGCCGCUGUACCCCCCGACCCCCCUCGAAACCCUAAACACCUGCCUCGUAGCCGUGGAAUGGGGCUCCGACCGCUCCGACAACGACUUCCGCGUCAAGUCGUCCACCUUCGCCAGACUCGCCGCCGCGGACGGCGGCAUGGUGCACGGGCUGCGCAGCCUCGGGUCCGCGGCGCUGAACCUGUGCGCCGUCGCCGCGGGCGAGAUCGAUGUGUACUGGGAGGCGGGGUGCUGGGCGUGGGAUGUGUGCGCGGGGUGGGUGGUGCUGGGGGAGGCGGGGGGCAGGGUGGUGGAUGCGAAUCCGGGGAACUGGGAGCCGAGGGUGGACGAGAGGAGAUAUCUCGCUGUGAGGGGUGGGGAGGGGCAGGAGGGGUUGAUUGAGGAGUUUUGGGGGUUGGUGGACGGGCGGUUUGAGGUUGGUGUUUGA